AUGUUAGGCCUGGUGGAGACUAAAAGACAGGUAGUGACUAAAUAUGAUAUACCAAAAAUUUGGGGAAAUAGUUGUGCAGGAUGGGACUUUGUUGAAUCUAAUGGUACUUUUGGUGGAUUGCUGUUAAUAUGGGAUGAUGACUUCUUUAAAAUAAGAAAUAGCCAGAAAGGGGAGAGGUGGUUGUGUGUUGAAGGGGAGUUAGUGAAAUAUAAUUUUUAUUGUGCUUUUAUUUUGGUAUAUGGUGCGCAUGCUAGAGAUGAGAAGCUUGUUGUUUGGGAAGAGCUGAGUUACAUUGUGGGGUUAUGCCAGGUUCCCUGUUGCUUCAUGGGAGACUUUAAUGAGAUUUUACAGGUGGAAGAAAGACGGGGCACUGAUAGCUUACCCUUAUCAGCUGAAGACUUCAAGAAUUGGAUACAUGACAUGGGUGUGGUGGACUUGCCGAUUACUGACCGCAAGUUUACAUGGUUUAGAGGUCGAUCAUGCAGCCGUAUUGACAGGGUUCUGGUUAGCUUGGAAUGGCUGGAAAAGUUUCCAGACACUCGGCUACAUGGUGGUCCUAGGGGCUUGUCUGACCAUUGUCCAAUUAUAGCGGAAGGUAGGAGGCAGAGAGAUGGGCCGAGGCCAUUCAGAAGCCUUGAUUCGUGGUUUACACAUGAAGAUUUUCUGAGAAUGGUUAAGGAGGAAUGGAGAGGCCUAGGUGAGGCACAAUUUACAGAUAAACUGAAGGAUAUGACAGGUCCUCUGGGAAGAUGGUAUAAAGAUAAAUUUGGGGAUUUGGACAGAAAAAUCAUGAAAUUUGAGGAAGAGAUCAAGAAGAUUGAUGACGCGGUGGGUGACGGUGUUCAUGAUGGAACAGUAGAGGCAAGAAGAAAGGCACUUGUGACUUGUUGUGAGAAAUGGUAUGUAAGGAAGGAGUUACAUUGGAAGCAGAUGUCGCGUUCUAGACAUGUGAAGGACAUUGAUAAGAACACGAGGUACUUCCACAACUUGGCCUCUGCGAGAAGGAGAAACAACAGGAUUGAUGCGCUACUCAUAAAUGGAAGGCUGAUAAGGAGUCAAGCAAGGAUCAAGAUUGAGAUUAGAGACUUUUAG